ACAAACAUGCUAGAGACCUUUCACUUUUUUCUGCUCUCCUCACGAGGGAAGAUGCCUCACAGUUCCAGAGUGAUGUAACCAUUUGGAAAAGGCUCCUAUGGGAACAGGGACUGUAGAGUUCCUGAUAUUGUGGAAGAGGUUUUCUCUUGAUGAAUUAUUCUCCAUCCUCACUGAGAUUGGAGUUUAGAGAGACAGUAUGCUGGCCUGAUCCCUGCAGAUCUCUCCAGAAAGGUGGGCUGGGGGUCAGCUGAGGUGGGCAGAUGGAGGGUGGGACUCUCCUGCCCCUCCUGGUGGUCAUACUGGGCUUGAGGUUAUUUCAGGUGGCUGGAGCCGAUGACGACCACUCUGAGCACACUCACCAGGUCAGCACAGCUCAGUGCGGUGAGUACAGUAACCAAGUGAUGGAGGAUGGUAUGUGCAGGCUUGUGGCCACGCUGCCCCAGCUGGAUGACCAGCGCUGCCCAGACAUGUUCCGCUGCACAGACGAGGUGUCCUACUGGCUUCAUGAGAACGAGGAACGUAAGCAGCAGAUUCUGGCUCUGCGAGAGACUGUAUCCGAGCUGCAGGAGGAACUCCGCAAUCACCGUCAUCGGGUCAAAGUCCUUGAGCUACAAAGUGAAGAGAAAUCUCGUCUGAACUCAUCCCUGGAGCAGCGCUUCCAUGAGCUGGAGGAGCAUUAUGCAGAGGCCACCACACUGCUCCACAUCCAGGGCUCACUAGUCUAUGACCUUCAGGCUCAGAUCCAGAACCUGUCCAUGCUGGUGGAAAAGGUCCGGCGCAACCCUGGUUGCAUGAUCAACAUUGUGCGCACAAGCCCCUUGCUGAGUGCCCAGCAGGCCCUGCACCCAGAGGUGCAGCACGUCCGAAACUGUCCCAUCGACUGUGCUUCCAUCUACUACAACGGUGUGCGGCGCUCUGGGAUCUACACUGUGGUGCCAUCAUUAGGGGCCAUGCCUGUGGAGGUCUACUGUGACAUGGACACUGAUGGUGGUGGUUGGACAGUAAUUCAGCGUCGGCAGGAUGGCUCAGUGAACUUUGAUCGUGGCUGGAAAGAGUACAAGGACGGCUUUGGGGACUUGCACACUGAGUACUGGCUGGGAAACGAGCACAUUCAUGACCUGUCCAGCCAGGGAGACUACGCACUACGCAUAGACCUGGAGGACUGGAGCGGCAAACACAAAUACGCUCUUUACCAGAGCUUCAGUAUUGAGGAUGAGGCAACCCAGUACAGGCUUCAUAUCUCUGGCUUCAGUGGAACAGUGGAGGAUUCUUUCAGCUGGUACCACGACAAGCAGAGCUUCAGCACCCCGGACACGGGCAACAUCUGUGCAGAAAUCUCUCAUGCUGGCUGGUGGUACAAUCAGUGCUUCUAUGCCAACUUAAAUGGCAUCUACCACAAGGGUGGACGCUACUCUCCGAAAGGGAAAAGUGCUCUCGGGCCCAAUGGGAUUGUGUGGUUCACCUGGAAAGAUUCAGACUAUUACUCCCUGCGCAAAGUGAGCAUGAUGAUCCGCCCUCGAACAUUCCGGCCACACUUGUCUCCCUAAGCAACUGAGUCAUUAGCCAGCCAAUCAUAAGCCUCAGAGCCACAAUGACAGAAGAUGACUGGAGGAACAGAAGAUGUGACGAUGCUUUCUGCGAAGUGGACUUCUGAAGGGUUAAUAUGGUAUUAUAUGGACAGACACACAGAGAUUGGAUUUUUUUUUAGGUCGAAAAUAAAGACUGGGAAAUCAGUUGACUAGUAAAAUGUUACCAGACUUGUAUCAAGUUCCAUGCCUACAUUCUAUAUUUGCUUUUUUCUUUUUAGCAUUUUUGGUUAAAAUUCUUUGAAAUAGAUAGGGAAUCACAGAUAAGAAUUUGAGUGCAUUCGUUCUUUAUGUAAAAAGAAAAGCUAAUGACUAGUACAGAGACAUGAACCACAAGAAAAUUCCUCCUCUGCUGGCGUAAACUCAUUCACCUACAAAAACAACACGUUCAUCAUUCCUCCUCAUUCACAUUCUCCUGAAAGCACUUAUAGCUGCCCAGGAGAACAGAUAUGCGCCCAAAAAAAAA